UAUUUGAAUUUGUUAAUUUAUUCCAAUUUUUCUGUACAAAACUGUGUGCUUGUGCUGCCAUUUAUAUGAACAAAAUUUCUGGUUAAAAUUCUGAAAGCUAUCUUUGGGGCUGGUGGGAAAAUACAGAAAUGGCUACAGAAAGAGUGGACUUCUUUCCUACAGACUGAUUACCUGUUGAUUAUGUUUUCCAUUCCUAUCAAUAAUAAUUGUCUCAUAAAUUACAGAUAACAUCUUUGAGUGCUAUUGUGGUUCUACCUCUGUUACCACAUUUUUUAUUUUUUUUUAUCUAUUCUGGAUAAGAGCAUUUGUGCAGAUUAAAAAGACAAAACAAUCUGGUCUAAAUAUUUUCAUCUGUAAAACAAUCCAGCCUAUUCAUAAGGAUAAAUGCAGUUAAAAUAGUCAUAACAUCAGAAAGGGAUAAAGGGAUUAACCGUGUACAAAGAUUUGGUUAAUAAAGGAAUAAUUAGGAUUAGGGGCCAAUCCUGCAAUAGGAUCAUAUGUAUAAAUUUGUUGUAUGUUUUGCUGUUAUCUAUUGCUUAACAGUAACUCAAAGUACAACAGUUCUGUCAGUGCUCCUGGGGUAGUUGUAUUGUCCUCCCUGUCCUCCUGUUCUCAAGCCCUUGGUACCAUUUGUGACUAAAUUAUUAAAAUAUCUUGGAUCAAAACAGAGAACCAUUAGUUGUUGUUUCAGCAGUGCCAAACACAAAGAUGAAGUGUAAAACUCAGAUGAAAAAAGAAAAGCUGUCUAUGCUGCUGUUAUCUGUUAUGCAAUUGGUCUCCUGUGUCUGAGCUUGCUUAAAACAAUGGGCACCAUUUCUUAGAUUGUUUCUCUUUCAUGCCACAGCUCCUUCUUAAGUAGAUUUAAAGCUUCAGGUUCCUUCUUUUGUGAGGUUGGCCCUUGCUAGGGGUCCUCAUUCUGAGCUGGAAGGAGUCGUUCAUUCUUGUCCUUCCUGGAAGGUUUGUAUCAAAAUCUGACUAUGUCAUCUCACUGUUUCAACUUUAUGCUUAAAAAUAUUAAGACAUCUUAUUGCAACUCUUACUUCCAGCACCAAUUCAAAGUAGAAUGUGGGGGGGAAAAAAGAGUCACAUACUAAACACAGCAAAGAUCGUAUAGAUGGUAGUAUCCCAUUUAGUCAUCAAUGUCAGCCUACUUGCCAUCCAACAGUGAAGAUCCCAUCAUACAUUUCUAUCUGGGUCCUUUUUAAUCUUAAUGACCUGGUUCAUUCUUUCUCAGAGAUGAACUUAUGCUGAUGCAGAAACUGUGGGUGCAGUUCACAAGCUGCAUGCACACCACGGCAGCAGCACUGACCAGAUCCACAACUCUUCUGUCAGAGUGACACAACAGAAGUGCGUUCCUGAAGAGGUUUCGUAUGCCUGGAGGAGACUUCCUCACAGAAGCUGUGAGAUUUUAGGUGCACCAGAAAUACUCUUCUUCAUUCCUGCACCCAAAAUUGAAAUCUACCACUGAAAUCAACAAAAAAGAAAUGAUAAAAUUUUUUCUUAUGGUUAACAAACAAGGUCAAACAAGAUUGUCCAGGUAUUACGAGCAUGUAGAAAUUAAUAAACGGACAAUGCUGGAAGCUGAAGUAAUCAAAAACUGUCUCUCCCGUUCAAAGGAUGAGUGCUCUUUCAUUGAGUAUAAGGAUUUCAAGCUGGUGUACCGACAGUAUGCAGCCCUUUUCAUCGUUGUUGGCAUCGACCAGACAGAGAAUGAGAUGGCAGUGUAUGAAUUAAUUCAUAAUUUUGUGGAAGUUUUGGACAAAUACUUCAGCAGAGUGAGUGAAUUAGAUAUCAUGUUCAAUUUGGACAGAGUGCACAUCAUUUUGGAUGAAAUGGUGCUAAAUGGUUGCAUUGUGGAAACGAACCGGAACAGAAUUCUUGCCCCUCUGUUUGUGCUGGACAAAAUGGCAGAAGGCUAGGAAGAUGGAAGAGUGACUAAGGCAUUUUACAAAAGAUGGCAAAAGCAUCAAGAAUGUGCCCAUAGCACUUUUCUGAUGUUGCAAGACUGACUCACGCAACAUUCAAAUUAGUUAGAAAAUAUUUCUCAUUUCUCUUAUACUCUGUGUACCCAAUGGGAAAGAUACAUGUGGAUGCAUUCAGAUGCAGCUUUACUGACCCAGCAGAAAUCUUCCUAGAAUGGCCAAUAAUUUUAAAACAUUUCGAGGAUGAAGAAAUGGAAACUUACCAUGACUGACUAGAUAUCACUUUGAAUUAUGUAGUAUCAUGCCAGACCUAGAAGACAAAAACCAUGGAAAUAUAAAUUCAAACGGAGUUUCAGUCCUUCCCUUAAGCACCAACUUGAUUUAUUUUCAUACAAAUUUACUGUUAAUAAUAGUUCUGUGGUUUUUAUGGCCACUUUUAAACUAUAUUCAUCCUUCAUCAAAAAGCUGUUUUCCCUCCCUUUGCCAUGCAAGUCAUGGACACAAAAAGAAAAGUACGUAUGUAUUAAGUAUUUCUGCAUAUUUUUCAAGUUGUAACUGGAAUUAUUUAGCUCUUAAAUAUUAUAAUAUUAAUAAAAGAUAAUUAAAAUCAGAAGUUUAA